GCUGGGUACAGCGUACAGUGUCGUCAUAUAUCGUAAAAGUGGCGGCGGCUGGAGUUCCUUGUUGGUGGACUGCUUUCACUCAAGCACAUUCCUUGCCAUGAAUGGUCCGCUUUACUUUGCUUACAAGUACGGCUGAUUCGACAAAAAUCAGCUGGACGGGGAUCGCCAUUUCCAAGUUUAAUCACUACAGGUUCGUCUGUGCCAUCUGUAACACCAUGGCUUAGUUUUGGUGCAACAGGGCAGCCAAGCCUUGCUGCCCACCAGGUUACAGCACAAUACUACCCCACACCACACCCCCACCAACAACCGCCCCCAAAUCCCUCGUGCCAACAGAACAAACGACUCCUUCCGCGCGCCCGUCCUUCCUUUGUUAGGAAGAAAGAGUCCUUCCUCCGACCUCAGCUGCAGCCUCGAGUCAAUAAUCCUCAACCACCGUCUUGACAAGCGCUGCUGCCUAGCCAUGGCCGGACGGCGGGACGACUACGACGACCGGGACUACCAGCGCGGCCCGCCACGCGGCGCACCAGUCCAACUCGCAGAGCGGCCGGCGCCAUUGCGAUCACGAGACCUAGAGGACCUAUGGCGCCGACCCGCGGCGGAGGAGCGCGAUCGCCAGGUAGCUUUCCUACAGGAUGACUAUGGGCGCGUGGAUGACCAGCCGCUGGUCUUGAGGGAGAGGAAGGUCGAGACGUUUAGGCGACAUACGCCGCCGCGGGCGAGGUCGCCGUCUAUGGAGCGUGUGAGGACGAGGAUUGUGGAUGAGCCGGAGGUGUAUAGACGGGAGAGAUUUGUGGAGAGGGAGAGGGAGAGGUCGCCGAGUCCGUUGUAUGACAGGGAGAGGUUGCCGAGUCCGAUACGUGAGAGGGAGAGAACUAGUGUGAGAGUUGUUGAGAGAGAGAGGGAAAGACGAAGGUCCCCGUCUAGCUCUCCGGAGCCGCGCGCUAGGAUGCCUCGCGAGCCUCCUAUUAUUCGGGCACCCCCGAUACACCAGGAGAUUAUCACGCAUCACAGACAUAUAGAUCAUGGUUACCAACCAGUUGCGGUCCCAACACCGCCUCCGCGCCUUCGGCCUCAACGCUCCAGGGGAGAUAUCAGAGAGACUGAGAUAGACAUAGUCACUGGCCCGGGCGACACUGAUGUUGAGAUCCACCGAUCCCAACAACGAAGGUAUCGUGACGGCCGCCCCCAGUUCGCCGACGACGACGGGAUCUAUGAGCGAGACCGCGAACGAGACCGGCUUAGAGCCCGCACCGAUAUUCGACGCUCUGUGUCCUCGGCGAGAGAUGCGAGGGAUCCGAGAGAUCGCCGCAUACGUCCCAAUGAUCGUGAAGCAGAUUAUUAUGCGAGGAAGACGGACGAACGUGCUUAUAUCGGCGAGGCGUACAAUGGUGCCACUAAGAAAUGGGAGAUCAUCGACGUACCACCCGGAACAGAGAGGGUGAGAAUGGAUGGCGUCGGCGGGGGAAGCCAGGAGGUUACAUGGCAGAAGUAUAAUGGGGUGAGGAGGAGUAAGUUUAUCCCGGAGAGGGAUAGUAUGGGGAGUUAUGAUCGGGAGAGGGAGCGGGAGAGAGACAUACGGAUGGAGAUGGGGCGGGGGGGGAUGAGACGAGAGAGGGAGAUGGACGGAGAAAGAGAUACGCUGGAGAUUAGCAUUGAUAGAAAGAGAGUGUCCCGACCAGUAGCAGAGCCGCGAAAUAGGUUUGGGGAUCUGUGGACGGAGAUUACGAAGGACUUGGUGAUCAGAGAGGCGAUUGAGGAGAUGGGAUACGAUUACGAGGAGACGGAGUACUUCUUCUAUGUCUUCCGGUAUCUGAAAUAUGAGGAUGUUGUGGAGCUCGUGGACCUCUCGGAUGAUAUCGUCCAAGACAGGAGGAACAGGAUCCGUGAGAUUGCGUGGGAGCGCGAGCAACCCAGACCGAGAGAGAGGGAGAGGGAGAUGCUGACGAUUGAAGCUUCGAGGUCGCGUGCCGAGCCUAUGUAUGAUGACGAUAGGACUGGCGGGGAGAUCGUCUUUGAUACGCCGAGAAGAUCGACGAGGGUAUAUUACUAAGCUUCUUGUUUAGGGCUCUAUGAGAGAUGGGGGGGGGUUGGUCUGCGUGGAUAUGAUUUAUGACUAGGCAUAUUUUUGGGCCAGAGAAUGAUGGUUUAUGCGGCAUUGCAACGGGCUUACUGGCGGCAUGUGAGGUUAUGAUUUAUUUUUACCAUACUUUUGAGAUAUGGAGAUUGAAGGAUUAUGCGAAUAAUAUAGAGAAAACUAGAAGUAUAACUAUAAACGACAUACUAAGACAUUUUAUUCUCGGG